AUGGAAGAAGCUAAAAGAGCAUUGGAUAUUGCAGAGAGAAAACUCUCAGAGAAGGAUUACGAUGGGGCGAAGAAAUUCGUUAACAAGGCUCGGAAUUUGUAUCCAAAGCUCGAUGGUUUGAAACAAGUCUUGACGAUAAUAGAUGUUUAUAUCGGAGGAGUCGAAUCUGAUUGGUAUGGAAUCCUCGGUGUAGAUCCUUUAGCUGAUGACGAAACACUGAAGAAACAGUACAAGAAGUUAGCUCUUUGUCUUCAUCCCGACAAGAACAGGUUUAACGGCGCGGAAGGUGCGUUUAAGCUGGUUUCGGAUGCUUGCUGUCUAUUAUCCGAUAAAGCCAAGAGAAUCGCUUAUGAUCAAAAAAGGAAAUCGAAAGAAGUUAAGCAGAAAAAGAGAGAAAGGCAGCCACAACACGAGCCAGCUUCUUCUUCGACUAAGAGAGGAAGGCAGCCACAACACGAGCCAGCUUCUUCUUCGACUUCAGAAUCUGAUAAAGCAAAAGAUGCAGAAGAAGAAUGGAGACGAUGGUUUGGCAAGUAUCGAGAAGAUGUUGCUGCAGCUGCUGCUAAAGUAAAUGAAAACUCUACUCGUGAAGCACAAGAAAAAUGGAAACGAUGGCUUGACCAGUAUCGAGCAGAUGUUGCUGCAGCUGCUGCUAAAGUGCAUGAAGACUCUACUUGUGAAGCAGAGACACUAUUCAAGAAACCGAUGAGGACAACAGAAAAUGCAAAUUGUACAGCUUUUUUAAGAAUUCGGUGA